GCGGCGCGGGGGCGGGCUGGCGGCCGAGGGGCUGUCAUUCGCCGGCCUGGGCUGCGCUCCGCGGUUCCGGCUCCUCCUCCUCCCGCCGCCGCCUCAGCCCCACCAUGGUGUUUGAGUCGGUGGUCGCGGACCUGCUGAACCGCUUCCUGGGGGAUUAUGUGGAGAACCUGAACAAGUCCCAGCUCAAGCUGGGGAUUUGGGGCGGAAAUGUGGCUUUAGACAAUCUACAGAUAAAAGAAAAUGCUCUGAGUGAAUUGGAUGUUCCUUUUAAAGUCAAGGCUGGCCAAAUUGAUAAAUUAACUUUGAAGAUUCCCUGGAAAAACCUUUAUGGAGAAGCAGUUGUUGCAACCCUAGAAGGACUCUACCUGCUUGUUGUCCCUGGAGCAAGUAUUAAAUAUGAUGCUGAAAAAGAAGAAAAAUCCUUGCAGGACAUUAAGCAGAGAGAGCUUUCUCGAAUUGAAGAAGCUCUUCAGAAAGCAGCAGAGAAAGAUAAGCCAAAAGAUGCCAAAAAGGAUACAUUUUUGGAAAAAUUGGCAACUCAAGUAAUAAAAAAUGUGCAAGUAAAAAUCACAGAUAUCCACAUUAAAUAUGAAGAUGAUGUGACAGAUCCAAAGCGACCGCUUUCAUUUGGUGUCACACUGGGAGAACUUAGUCUAUUGACUACAAAUGAACAUUGGACACCAUGCAUAUUAAAUGAAGAAGCAAAAAUUAUAUACAAGCUUACACGGCUUGAUAGUCUCAGUGCCUACUGGAAUGUGAACUGCAGUAUGUCCUACCAGAGGUCCAGGGAGCAGAUCUUGGAUCAGCUGAAACGUGAAAUUCUUACAAGUAGAAAUAUAUCUCCAAACCAUCAAUACAUUUUCCAGCCUUUGUCAGCAUCUGCAAAACUCUUCAUGAAUCCUUAUGCAGAAAAUGAGCUUAAAACACCCAAACUAGAUGCGAACAUAGAAGUGCAAAAUAUUGCCAUUGAACUGACCAAGCCUCAGUACUUAAGUAUGAUUGACCUUUUGGAGUCAGUGGAUUAUAUGGUUAGAAAUGCCCCUUACAGGAAGUAUAAGCCAUAUUUGCCACUUCACACCAAUAGUCGACAAUGGUGGAAAUAUGCCAUUGAUUCUGUACUUGAAGUUCACAUAAGAAGGUAUACACAGAUGUGGUCCUGGAGUAACAUAAAGAAGCACAGGCAGGUACUCAAGAGUUAUAAAACUGCUUACAAAGCCAAGCUAAUGCAGACCAAAGUCUCAGAGGAAGCACAGAAGCAAAUUCAGGAUUUGGAGAAAUCGCUGGAUGUUUUUAAUAUAAUUUUAGCAAGGCAGCAAGCGCAAGUUGAGGUGAUUCGGUCAGGGCAAAAAUUGAGGAAAAAGUCUGCUGACCCAGGAGAGAAACGUGGAGGCUGGUUUAGUGGGUUUUGGGGUAAGAAGGAGUCUAAGAAAAAGGACGAAGAGUCAUUGAUCCCCGAAACUAUUGAUGACCUUAUGACUCCAGAGGAAAAAGAUAAACUCUUCACUGCUAUUGGAUACAGUGAGAGCACCCACAACUUAACAUUACCCAAGCAGUAUGUUGCUCAUAUAAUGACACUCAAGUUGGUAAGCACCUCUGUUACAAUCAGAGAAAACAGAAAUAUUCCAGAAAUAUUGAAAAUUCAGAUAAUUGGCCUGGGUACCCAAGUGUCUCAACGACCGGGAGCACAAGCCCUUAGGGUGGAAGCAAAAUUAGAACAUUGGUAUAUAACAGGGUUGAAACAGCAAAAUAUUGUACCAUCACUUGUGGCUUCCAUUGGUGAUACCUCAUCAUCAUUGCUUGAAAUUAAAUUUGAAACAAAUCCAGAGAAUAGUCCUGCUGACCAGACUGUGGUUGUUCAGUCUCAGCCUGUGGAAGUCAUUUAUGAUGCUAAAACCAUCAAUGCAGUAGUUGAAUUCUUUCAGUCAAAUAAAGGGUUGGAUCUUGAGCAGAUAACAUCAGCUACAUUGAUGAAGUUGGAAGAAAUUAAAGAGAGAACAGCUACAGGACUCACGCAUAUUAUUGAAACUCGAAAAGUUCUUGAUUUAAGAAUAAAUCUGAAGCCUUCUUAUCUAAUAGUUCCACAGACUGGUUUCUAUAAUGAAAAGUCAGAUCUUCUCAUUUUAGAUUUUGGUACAUUUCAGCUCAACAGUAAAGAUCAAGGUAUACAGAAGACUACUAAUUCAUCUCUGGAAGAAAUAAUGGAUAAGGCAUAUGAUAAAUUUGAUGUUGAAAUAAAGAGUGUGCAGCUACUCUUUGCAAGAGCGGAGGAAAACUGGAAAAAGUGUCGAUUUCAGCAUCCAUCAACCAUGCACAUAUUGCAGCCCAUGGAUAUUCAUGUUGAGUUGGCAAAGGCAAUGGUGGAAAAAGACAUUAGAAUGGCCAGAUUUAAAGUGUCAGGAGGACUUCCCUUGAUGCAUUUGAGAAUUUCUGACCAGAAGAUGAAAGCUAUGCUGUUUUUGGUUAACAGUGUACCUUUGCCACAGAAAUCCUCUAUACAGUCUUCAGAGAAACAGGUAUCAUCAAUUCCUCUUAUUUCAAGUGGAACCAAAGGUUUGCUUGGUGCGUCACUGUUGCUAGAUGGAUUGGAAUCAGAUUCUGAUGAUGAGUAUUUUGAUGCUGAAGAUGGAGAAUUUCAGACUAGUAAAAGUAUGAAGGGAUCAGAACUGAAAAAAGCUGCAGAGAUCCCAAAUGAAGAGCUCAUUAACCUUCUACUCAAGUUUGAAAUUAAAGAAGUUGUUUUGGAAUUUACUAAACAACAGAAAGAAGAAGAUACGAUUUUAGUAUUCAACGUCACUCAAUUAGGAACAGAGGCUACAAUGAGGACGUAUGACUUAACUGCAGUGUCUUAUUUAAAGAAAAUCAGCUUGGAUUAUCAUGAAAUUCAAGGAUCCAAAAAGAAGCCUCUUCAUUUGAUUAGCUCUUCUGAUAAGCCUGGACUGGAUCUUUUAAAAGUAGAAUAUAUUAAGGCUGAUAAGAAUGGACCUAGUUUUCAAACCACAUUUGAAAAAACAGAACAAACAUUUAAGGUGACCUUUUCAUCUUUAAAUUUGUUGCUGCAAACACAAGCUCUUCUCUCUUCAAUUAAUUAUCUGACAGCCAUUCUUCCAUCAAAUGAUCAAAACACAGAUAUUCCCAAGGAGGUACAGAUUUCAGCUGGGAAACAAAAAAAUUCAACUCUGCAGAAAGUGAUUGUAUCUUCUAAAGACACAGAUUUCAUUGGCUUCAGGCUGUUUGCCAAGCUGAAUGCUUUCUCUGUCAUUGUUUGUGAUGAGAAGAAUAGUAUUGCUGAAAUCAAGAUUCAAGGCCUUGAUUCUUCCCUCUCUCUUCAGUCAAGUAAACAAUCACUGUUUGCCAGACUGGAAAACAUUAUUGUCACAGAUGUGGACCCUAAGACAGUACAUAAAAAAGCUGUGUCAAUAAUGGGGAAUGAAGUUUUUCGUUUUAACCUGGAUUUGUAUCCAGCUGCUACUGAGGGAGAUUCAUAUACUGACAUGUCCAAAGUGGAUGGUGUGGUAUCAUUGAAUGUUGGCUGUAUUCAGAUUGUCUAUCUUCAUAAAUUUCUUAUGUCACUCCUGAACUUCCUGAAUAAUUUCCAGACAGCCAAAGAGGCUGUGAGUGCUGCCACGGCCCAGGCUGCAGAAAAGGCUGCCACAAGCGUGAAAGAUCUUGCCCAGAGGAGUUUCCGUGUUUUGAUCAAUAUUGAUUUGAAAGCACCGGUUAUAGUCAUCCCACAGUCUUCUGUUUCCACCAAUGCAGUUGUGGUAGAUCUUGGAUUAAUCAGGGUUCAAAAUAAGUUCAGCUUAGUGUCUGGUGAAGACUCCUUGAAUCCUCCAGUAAUUGAUCGAAUGGAUGUACAGCUAACAGAACUGAAGCUUUCUAGGACAAUGAUCCAACCGGGCAUCUCACAUCCUGAUAUUCAGCUGUUGCACCCAAUUAACUUAGAGUUGUUUGUAAAUCGGAACCUGGCUGCAUCUUGGUACCACAAGGUACCUGUUAUGGAAAUUAAAGGGCACCUUGAUUCAAUGAAUGUUAGUCUCAGUCAAGAAGAUCUUAAUCUUUUAUUUAGAAUAUUAGUAGAAAAUCUUGGUGAGGCGUCUGAAGACUUGGAUAAAGUAAAACCAAGAGUACAAGACAGAGGUGAAGUUAAAGAACCCCACGUGACCUCUGUACCCCCUCAAGGUGGGUCUACCUCGCAGGGCACUUCAGCAGCUGGAAUGGCAGAAAUGAGACCAGCGGACAUUGUCAGUGUGCUGCUGAAUUUUGAAGUUAAAGAGGUUGUCAUUACUUUGAUGAAAAAAGCAGAAAUGAAAGGAAGGCCAUUACAUGAACUAAAUGUCCUACAACUUGGAAUGGAAGCUGUAGUAAAACCUUAUGACAUGAUUGCUAAAGCUUACCUAAAAAAAAUUAAUAUGCGAUGCUUUGAUUUCACUGACUCUGAUGGAGAACCUCUUCAUAUUAUUAGCUCUUCUAAUUUAACUGAUGAGCCCCUUCUAAAGAUGUUAAUGACAAAAGCAGACAGUGAUGGACCUGAGUUUAAAACUACUCAUGACAAUACUAAACAGAAGCUGACAGUUUCAUUUUCAUCCUUAGACUUAGUGCUUCACCUGGAAGCCUUACUUUCUUUAAUGGAUUUUUUAUCGUCUGCUGUUCCAUCUGCUACACCUUCCUCCUCUGAGCUGAAACCACUUGCAGAGGAGUCCAGAAGUGUCACGCUCAAAACUGUACCCAGCACCGUUUCCCAGGAGGAUGUGUUUGAUUUGAAGGUCAACGCUGAGCUGAAUGCUUUUAAUAUCUUUGUUUGUGAUCAGAAAGGUAACAUUGCAGACAUUCGAGUACAUGGAAUGGAUGCGUCUGUUUCAGUGAAGCCAAAGCAAACUGAUGUGUUUGCCAGACUUCGGAAUAUCGUAGUUACAAAUGCUGAUUUGCUGUCCAUUCAUAAAAAGGCUAUCUCUAUUUUGGAAGAUGAAGUCUUUAGGUUCCAAAUGACUCUCUAUCCAGGUGCCACAGAGGGACAGGGAUAUGCUGAUGUGUCUAAGGUGGAUGGCAAACUCAGUCUCAAAGUGGGUUGUAUUCAGAUUGUGUAUGUUCAUAAAUUCUUCAUGUCUCUUUUGAAUUUCCUCAACAAUUUCCAAACUGCCAAAGAAGCUUUGAGUACAGCCACAGCCCAGGCUGCAGAAAGAGCUGCUUCCAGCAUGAAAGACUUGGCUCAGAAGAGUUUCCGCCUUUUAAUGGACAUCAACUUGAAAGCACCAGUUAUUAUUAUUCCUCAGUCUUCAGUGUCGCCUAAUGCUGUUAUCGCAGAUCUGGGUUUAAUCAAAAUUGAAAACAACUUUAGCUUGAUUCCUGUGGAACAUUAUUCUCUUCCCCCAGUCAUUGAUAAGAUGAACAUCCAGCUCUCUCAGUUGAAGCUUUCCAGGACUAUUUUGCAGAAUGACUUGUCACAACAUGACAUUGAAAUUUUAAAACCUGCAAACAUGCUUUUGUCUGUACAACGAAAUUUAUCUGCAACAUGGUUUAUGCAAAUUCCAGGUAUGGAGGUAAAAGGAAAGCUAAAACCAAUGCAGGUUUCUCUCAGUGAAGAUGACUUAACAAUUUUAAUGAAAAUUUUGCUGGAAAAUCUUGGAGAAGCUUCUCCAGAGCCCAGUCCUACUCAGUCUUCCCAGGAGGCUGUACAAGUGAAGAAAGAAGUUCUGAGUGGAUCCGACCACCUCAAGGAGCAAGAAGACUUAGCAGACUUAAAGCUUUCUGUGGACCAGACUGUCACUCUUCAAUUUGACUUUCACUUUGAGUCUCUUUCCAUUAUCCUUUACAACAAUGAUAUCAACCAGGAAUCCAAACUUUCGUUUCAUAAUGACAGUUUCCGCCUUGGUGAACUGAGACUACAUCUCAUGUCCUCCACUGGGAAGAUGUUUAAGGAUGGCUCACUGAAUGUCAGCGUUAAACUUCAGACAUGCACCCUUGAUGAUCUCAGAGAAGGCAUUGAGAGAGCAACAUCAAGAAUGAUUGACAAAAAGAAUGGCCAAGAUAACAAUAACUCUAUGAUUGAAAUAAGUUACCAACAAGACAAAAAUGGAAGUCAGAUUGAUGCUGUUCUUGACAAGCUGUACGUUUGUGCCAGUGUGGAGUUUCUGAUGACUGUGGCAGAUUUCUUUAUCAAAGCUGUGCCUCAGAGUCCCGAAAAUACUGCAAGAGAAACACAGUUUCCUCGAAGACAGACUGCCAUGGGGAAAGUCAAAAUGGAAAAAGAGGACGCUGUGAGAUCCAACAUGACUCUAAAGGCCACGGUCACCGAUCCAGAAGUAGUGUUUGUUGCCAACCUGACCAAGGCUGAUGCCCCUGCCCUGACAGCCUCGUUCCAGUGUAACCUCUCUCUGUCCACAUCAAGACUGGAACAGAUGAUGGAAGCUUCUGUGAGAGACCUGAAAGUGCUUGCUUGCCCAUUUCUCAGAGAAAAGAGAGGGAAGAGCAUUACCACAGUCUUGCAUCCCUGCUCUCUAUUUAUGGAAAAAUGUACCUGGGUAUCAGGAAAGCAAAAUAUAAAUAUUAUGGUUAAAGAAUUCAUAAUUAAGAUUUCACCGAUAAUUCUUAAUACUGUAAUGACAAUCAUGACUGCCAUGUCUCCAAAACCAAAAGAAGAUGAUUCCCAAGAUACAACUAAGGAAAUGGACCUUUGGGGCAUCAAGUCUGUUAAUGAUUAUAAUUCUUGGUUUCUUGGUGUUGACGUGGGAACAGAAAUAACUGAAAAUUUCAAAGAUACUGAUAAUCCAUUGAUAGAGGAGAACUGUACUCUUGCUGUGGAGACAGUUCAGGUUACUCUAGAAUGUGGCCUCGGACAUCGAACUGUACCUUUACUGCUGGCUGAGUCUAAGUUUUCAGGAAAAAUUAAAAAUUGGACUUCCCUAAUGGCUGCUGCUGCUGACAUGACACUACAGGUUCAUUAUUACAAUGAGACCCAUGCUGUAUGGGAGCCACUGAUCGAGAGAGUGGAGGGGAACAGACAGUGGAAUUUAAAUCUUGAAAUAAAGAAGAAUCCAGUCCAGGAUAAAAGUUUGGUGCCAGGAGAUGAUUUCAUUCCUGAGCCACAAAUGGCAGUUCAUAUUUCUUCAGCAGAUACGAUGAAUAUUACAAUAUCUAAAAGCUGUCUUAAUGUUUUCAACAAUCUUGCAAAAGGUUUUUCUGAGGGCACUGCCUCUACUUUUGACUAUUCUUUAAAAGACAGGGCUCCUUUUACAGUAAAAAACGCCCUGGGUGUUCCUGUUAAGGUCCAGCCCAAUCAUAACCUCAGAGUAAUGGGCUGUCCGGAGAAAAGUGAUAUUUAUGAUGUUGCUGCUGGUGAGACUUUGGAAUUGGAGUACUCCGGCGUGGAAUCUUCAUGUCCAGGAAAACUUUCCAUCUUAAGCCGCCAGGAAAGCUCCUUCUUCACUCUAACUUUUGUACCUCAUGGAUACACAGAAGUUGCAAAUAUUCCUGUAGCCCGGCCUGGACGGCGAUUAUAUAAUGUUCGGAAUCCCAUUGCCAAUCAUUCUGACUCAGUCGUGGUGCAGAUUGAUGCCACAGAAGGGAAUAAAGUAAUCACCCUUCGCUCUCCUCUACAGGUUAAAAAUCAUUUUUCUAUUGCUUUUGUCAUUUAUAAGUUUGUUAAGAAUGUUAAACUAUUGGAGCGCAUUGGAAUAGCCAGACCUGAAGAGGAGUUUGACAUUCCUUUAGAUUCAUAUAGGUGUCAAUUGUUUAUCAAGCCUGCUGGGAUCUUAGAGCACCAGUACAAAGAAUCCACCACUUAUAUUUCCUGGAAGGAAGAACUGCACAGGAGCAGAGAGGUCAGAUGUGUGUUGCAGUGUCCCUCCACAGAAGUCAACUUCUUGCCUCUCAUAGUCAAUACGGUUGCUUUGCCUGAUGAAUUAAGCUACAUCUGUCCACACGGAGAAGACUGGGACCCAGCGUAUAUUAUUCAUCUGUAUCCUCCUCUCACUUUGCGGAAUCUUCUCCCGUAUUCUCUCAGAUACUUACUUGAGGGAGCAGCAGAAACUCAUGAGCUAGCGGAAGGCAAUACUGCUGAUGUUCUACAUUCCAGAAUUGGUGGAGAAAUAAUGGAAUUAGUCCUGAUGAAGUACCAGGGCAAAAACUGGAAUGGACAUUUCCGCAUAUGUGAUACACUUCCCGAAUUCUUUCUUGUGUGUUUUUCUGCUGACUCCACAGAAGCAGUGACCAUUGACCUGUCGGUACAUGUCAGGCGAAUUGGCAGCCGAAUGAUACUUUCUGUCUUUAGUCCCUAUUGGCUAAUCAACAAAACUUCUCGGGUUCUCCAGUAUCAUUCAGAAGAUAUUCAUGUGAAACAUCCCGCUGAUUUUAGGGAUAUUAUUUUAUUCUCAUUCAAGAAGAAGAAUAUUUUUAGUAAAAAUAAGGUACAGUUAAAAAUUUCAACCAGUGCCUGGUCCAAUGGCUUCUCACUGGAUACGGUAGGAAGUUACGGAUGUGUGAAGUGUCCUGCCAACAAUAUGGAAUACCUGGUUGGUGUUAGCAUCAAAAUGAGCAGUUUUAAUCUUUCACGAAUUGUUACUCUUACUCCCUUUUGUACUAUCACAAACAAGUCAUCAUUAGAACUAGAAGUUGGUGAAAUUGCAUCUGAUGGCUCAAUGCCAACCAAUAAAUGGAAUUAUAUUGCUUCUUCAGAGUGCCUUCCUUUUUGGCCUGAAAGUUUGUCAGGCAAACUGUGUGUAAGAGUGGUAGGCUGUGAAGGAUCUUCCAAACCAUUCUUUUAUAAUCGACAGGAUAAUGGUACUUUAUUGAGCUUGGAAGAACUGAAUGGUGGUAUCCUGGUAGAUGUAAACACUGCGGAGCAUUCAACUGUCAUCACUUUUUCUGAUUACCAUGAAGGAUCUGCACCUGCCCUGAUCAUGAAUCACACACAGUGGGAUGUUCUUCUGUAUAAACAGAGUGGAUCACAGGAAGAACUGGCAUUGCUGCCCAGACAAACCCGACUCUUUGCCUGGGAAGAUCCUACAGGCACGAGGAAGCUUACAUGGAGAUAUGCUGCAAAUGUUGGGGAACAAGAUCUACUAAAGGAUGAAUGUGGACAGUUUCCAUAUGAUGCAAAUAUCCAGAUACACUGGGUAUCAUUUCUCGAUGGGCGCCAGCGGGUUCUGCUUUUCACCGAUGAUGUUGCCUUGGUUUCCAAAGCACUACAAGCGGAGGAAAUGGAGCAGGCCGAUCAUGAAAUAACCUUGUCUCUUCACAGCCUUGGACUUUCUUUGGUCAACAAUGAAAUCAAGCAGGAAGUUUCCUAUAUUGGGAUAACCAGUUCUGGUGUUGUGUGGGAGAUGAAACCAAAGCAGAAAUGGAAGCCUUUUAAUCAGAAGCAGAUAAUGUUACUGGAACAGUCCUAUCAGAAACAUCAAGCAUCAAAAGACCAUGGCUGGAUUAAGCUAGACAGCAAUUUUGAGGUCAAUUUUGAUAAAGUACCAAUGGAAAUGCGCCUCCCUGUUCGGUGCCCUAUUAAACGGGAUUUUUUAUCAGGAAUUCAGGUUGAAUUCAAGCAGUCUCCCCACCAAAGGAGUUUAAGGGCUAGGCUAUACUGGCUUCAGGUUGAUAAUCAGUUGCCAGGUACAAUGUUCCCUGUUGUUUUUCAUCCUGUGGCUCCUCCAAAAUCUAUUGCUUUGGAUUCAGAGCCCAAGCCUUUCAUUGAUGUGAGUGUUAUCACAAGGUUUAAUGAGUACAGUAAAGUCUUACAGUUCAAGUAUUUCAUGGUCCUCAUUCAGGAAAUGGCCUUAAAAGUUGAUCAGGGGUUUCUUGGAGCUAUCAUGGCACUGUUUACCCCAGCAACUGACCCUGAAGCUGAAAGAAAACGGACAAAAUUAAUCCAACAAGAUACCGAUGCUCUAAAUACAGAAUUAAUGGAGACUUCAAUGACUGAUAUGUCAGUGCUUAGUUUCUUUGAACAUUUUCAUAUUUCUCCUGUUAAGUUGCAUUUGAGUCUGUCUUUGAGAGGCGAUGAAUCAGACAAACAGGAAAUGAUUGCAAUUCAUUCUGUCAACCUGCUGUUGAAAAGCAUCGGUGCUACUCUGACUGAUGUGGAUGACCUUAUAUUCAAACUUGCUUAUUAUGAAAUUCGCUAUCAGUUUUACAAGAGAGAUCAGCUCAUGUGGAGUGUUGUUAGACAUUACAGUGAACAGUUCUUGAAACAGAUGUAUGUCCUUGUGCUGGGCUUGGAUGUGCUUGGAAACCCGUUUGGAUUGCUUAGAGGCCUGAGUGAAGGAGUUGAAGCAUUCUUUUAUGAACCUUUUCAGGGUGCUGUUCAAGGCCCUGAAGAAUUUGCUGAAGGGUUGGUGAUUGGAGUAAGAAGCCUCUUUGGACACACAGUAGGUGGUGCUGCAGGAGUUGUAUCUCGUAUCACUGGUUCUGUUGGGAAGGGUUUGGCAGCAAUUACUAUGGACAAGGAAUUUCAGCAAAAAAGAAGAGAGGAGAUGAGUCGACAGCCUAAAGAUUUUGGAGACAGCCUGGCCAGAGGAGGAAAGGGCUUCCUGCGAGGAGUUUUUGGUGGAGUGACUGGAAUAAUAACACAACCCAUGGAAGGUGCCAAAAAGGAGGGAGCUGCUGGAUUCUUUAAAGGAAUUGGGAAAGGGCUUGUGGGUGCUGUGGCCCGUCCAACUGGCGGAAUCAUAGAUAUGGCCAGCAGUACCUUCCAAGGCAUUCAAAGGGCAGCAGAGUCGGCUGAGGAAGUGUGCAGCCUGCGCCCCCCUCGCCUGAUUCAUGAAGACGGCAUCAUUCGUCCCUACGACAGGCGGGAGUCUGAGGGCUAUGACUUAUUUGAGAAUCACAUUAAAAAGCUGGAGGAUGAAAAGUACCGAUUCCACUGUGCUGUUCCUGGGAGCAGGAAGACCGUCCUCCUGAUCACCAGCAGGCGAGUGUUGUGUGUAAAGGAAGUUGAAAUCCUAGGCAACAUGUCUGUAGACUGGCAGUGUUCAUUUGAAGACUUCGUAUGUCCUCCCCGUGUCAGUGAAAACCUGCUCAAAAUCACGGUGAAGGAGCAAGGUCUGUUCUCCAAAAUAGAUAAUGCCAGUAAGGACUGUCCUCACAAAGUUUACCUGAAGGAUGCUGCCACAGCAGAGGCUGCACUUAGCGCCAUUGAGGAUGCGCAGUCAAGGAGACAGCAGCAGAACCUGGCGAGGCAGUCAUUGCUGAAACUUCUCAGGCCCGAGCUGCCGUCCUAACCCCAGACCCCAGGGCCUGCUGCCGGAAGAAACAGCAGUCAGUGGUGUUGUGUGCAAAUCACUCUGUAAUCUGGCUACAGAUGAUUUUUCAAACAGUCCUUUAGUUUUAUUUUUACAGAAAGCUAAUGUUAGCCUUUGCACUUUUUCCCUUGGGUUUGGCUGUCAUUUUAUAGUCUGUGUAUGUUAGCAAUCCGUUACUGCAUUGCCAGCUGAAUGGGUCAGACCCUUGAAGAAAUACCGCUUCAAACUCAGAGUGAAAUUUUUAUUAAUAUUAAUAUUGUAAAGCAAAAGGCAACAGGCUUAUCUUUAAUUAAGGUAUACAAUGAAGAAUGAAAAAAGAGCUUAGAAAGACUAGUGUUUUUUAAAAGGGUUUAGCCACAGACAAAUGCUGAACACUUUGACACUUUGUUUAAGGGCAGUUCGUUCAAUAAGUGAACUAAGAUAACAUUUUUGAUCAACUGGGUAAAAUGACUGAAGAGAAGCCACUAAAUGGAGAACUGGCAUGUUUCCUAUUUUCUUGUCAUGAAAAUGUUUUCUGCUAAUGAAGCAAAUUUUACUUUGGCCUUUUUUCCAUUCUUGCACUAUAAUGAAGAAAAUAUGGAAGACCAAACUUUAAAAUAUCCAUAUUUAAUUUUCUAUACAAAAAUCUUCACACAAUUUUGGAAGUUAUUUUCAUGCUCUAUCAAUAUGAGCUUAUUUAUAAUUUGCUGAUUCUUGGAAAUACUACACUUUAAGUUUUUUAAGACUCAUAAAAUUCAGUAUUUUUAUAUUGAUAGAGAUUAUUUUUUAGAAGCGAAAAGACUUUUGAGGACAUCAUGAACUACCAUUUAAUGCAAAUAAUACCUAGUAAUGUAUUCAAAAUCCUUAUUCAUACAAAUGAAGAGAGUUUCUAGUUGCUUUAUAUUUAAAGAAAUAAAGCCUAUACAACAGCCCUGUGCAAGGUGCCUUCUUCAGGGAAGCGAGGCUGCGAGAGGCAGGUGUGACGCCCUCACCCUGUGCUUGCUGCAUCUCUGUUACACUGGUUACAGAUGGACUGCUCAACUGCUUAUUAAAGCUUCCUGAUACAUUCUGAAGGGUUUUGUUUCCUUGGAUGAGCUUUAGAUUUAUUCAUGGUGUUUAACAUGGCAUUUUUUUCAAAACACAGAAUUAAUAAUAAAAGGAAGAUGUGGACACACAAUGCACAUGGUUUUCUCUAUUUCUGUUGAUGUAUGGUAAUAUUACUCAACUUUUUAAGAGCUACCCAUAACAGUUUUUAAUUUUUCCUCAUGAUAUUGAUGAUUAAUCUAAAAACAGAAUGUGAUAAUUGUCAUUGUCAUUUCAACAUUCUUUUGUUAUUUCUCCGUGAAGACAAGUGUCAUAUAUAAAACUUCCUGCUGAAAUUUUGUGUUAGUGGUUAAUUGCAUCUUAUUAAAAGGAGCAUUGUAAGUAAUUUUAUAACAAACAUGC